UUUUGGUUUUUUAUAAUUUGUUGUUUUUGAUUGUUUAUUAUUUUGCGUUAAUGGAGAGUGAGCUGGAAAAUGGAAAAGGAUCCGAAGGCGGAAGUGCAAGCCAAGGAGGUUCGGAAGCAAGUUUCGGUCUUAGAAGGGGAAAAUGCAAAUGGUUUAACGUAGCGAAAGGAUGGGGUUUCAUUACUCCCGAUGAUGGGGGACAAGACGUUUUCGUCCAUCAGAGCGUUAUUCAAAUGAGCGGUUUCCGCUCUUUGGGAGACGAUGAAGAAGUGGAAUUCGAGUGUCAAGUGUCCGACAAAGGCCUGGAAGCCACCAAAGUGAGCGGCCCGCAGAGCACGGACUGCAGAGGAUCGCAUCGCAGACCCGCUUCCAAAAAGCGAUUUAGAAAAAUUAGAUGUUAUAAUUGCGGCGAGUUCGCGAACCACAUCGCUGCCAAGUGUACAAUGGGGCCCCAGCCGAAAAGGUGCCACAACUGCAAAAGCGAAGACCACCUCAUAGCAGACUGUCCCACCCGAGUAGAACGUCCACAGAAAUCCGGCGAGCAGAAAAAAUCCGAUCAUAACGGAAACGGAACCGGAGCGGCGUCAGCUGCUGCCACCUCGGAAGACGUUGCCAAACCUGAAUAAUCAUCGAAUUAGAGGAAACGCCCGACUUGUGUUCAUUAGAGUAGUACGUUUCCAUAGAUGCCAGCACACAAGAACCCGCGAGACACAAACCUAGCUAAUUUUAGUUGUUGAUAAAGACUCAUAUGCAGAGAAUGUAGAACCAAUAAAGAAUUUCUUGUGUACUGUGAUCUGCCAUUGACCUUUCAUCAGUAAUUUCCUUCCUACCAAACGAGAAGACUGAUUUCACUAGGACUUGGAAGUUACUGUUGAAAACGUGACUCUCAACCGAGCACUCUCGAGGAGGCUGCUCAGUUGAGACGCCGAAGCCCAAAUACGACGAUAUCAAAUUCAGGAGAUAGUCAUUACAGAAUCGGUACAGAAUUUGUGAAAUGGUGCAAAUAUUUUACAAAUUGUGUGAAUAUUUAAGCCAGUGCAAUGCAAUAAUCAGGAGUUUACUAGUUACACUGAAACUAUCGAAUUUACAUAUCGUGCUGUGAAAAGGAUUUAAAUUUAAUUAGAAAGAUCCGGGAUG